AUGAAACAAGUUUUAACUGAUGAAGCAAAAGCUGCAGUCUGCUAUGAAGUCUCUGAAAUUAAAGCUCAAUAUUUUGUAGAAACCGCAAGUUGUGUAACGAAAGCCGUCAUGAUCGAGGCAAGAAUUGAAAAAAUGGCAAGUCAGUUGCAGACUUUGCAAGCUGUAAGAGUUGGUAAUAUUGCUGCGGAGCCUGUAAUAAAGUUGUGAGUGAUGAGGGAGUAUUGGUAA